ACUUGAAGAUGAGCUCUGGUUCUGCCAGUUUGAAAACUGCAAGACAACAGCUUCAGUUCCUCAAAUGUAGAAAAGCCCUGUCUGUGGUAAGUGCCGAGUCAGUCUGAUGCUCUGACGAGAGUGAGGUGGCACAAAUGACUGAUGGGGAGCUUUUUUCGUGUGGUGCUUCAAAUAAUCACUUGGAAUGCAACAGGAUAGAUAAAUCACAUGCGGACCCUCAGUUUGUGGAAAACUUCAGGAGGAAACUAAAAUAUUUCUUCAUGAGUCCAUGCCAGAAAUACAGAGCAAGAGGUCGUAAGCCAUGGAAAAUGAUCCUGCAGAUACUCAAGAUCGCCAUUAUUACCAUUCAGUUAGUCUCUUUUGGAUUGAGCAACGAGAUGAUGGUCACCUUUAAAGAGGAAAAUCUCAUCGCCUUCAAACAUUUCUUCCUGAAAAAUUACAAGGACAGCAACAAAGAUUAUGCCUUGUACACAAGACACGAGGUCCAUGACCACAUACUCUACGUAAUCAGAAGGUAUCUACACCUACAAAACCUGACAGUAGAUAAUCACGCGUUUGAGAAGAUCGAUGACAUGUUCACCCCUCUGUCCCUCUGUCAAGACUUCUAUCGACACGCUAAGAUUUCACCUGCCAGUGAGACCUUUGAUAUUGAUCCACGUGUAGAGACAGAAUGUAUUUCUAUUUAUCCCAUAUUACCCUACAAGAAUGAUAGUUUGGACAAUGACAUGAACCUCACUUUAGAUUUUCAAAGUUUGUUAGCAGUAAACAUCCAUUUUAAAGUAAAGGCUAUCAACCUUCAAACAGUACGCCAUCAAGAGCUUCCUGACUGCUAUGACUUCAACAUUAAUAUCAUGUUUGACAACAAUGCACACAGUGGAAAAAUCAAGAUAUCUUUAAGCAGUCAUGUACAGAUAAAUGUUUGUAAGGACUGGAAUGUUUCUGACUCAACAGACAGUCACUUCCGGCUCAUUGUUCUGUUUGACUGUGUGGUCAUCUGCUCCUGUUUGCUGUCGCUCAUCCUCUGCACACGCUCAGUCUACACAGGCCUUCUCUUGCAGUCAGAGUACACCACGUUCGUGUCCAUUCACCACCAUAAAACUGUUUCCUGGUCUGAGAGAAUGGAGUUUAUCAAUGGCUGGUACAUUCUCAUCAUCAUCAGUGAUACUCUGAGUAUUGCAGGUUCAGUUCUCAAAAUCUGCAUUCAGAGCAAGGAGCUGACGAACUAUGACGUGUGCAGUAUUUUACUGGGCUCAGCUACAAUGCUUGUGUGGAUUGGAGUAAUGCGUUAUCUGAGUUUCUUUCAGAAAUAUUAUAUCCUCAUCCUCACCCUGCAGGCUGCUCUUCCUAAUGCCAUUCGAUUCUCCUUCUGCGCUGUUAUGAUCUAUCUCAGCUACUGCUUCUGCGGGUGGAUCAUUUUGGGCCCACAUCAUGAAAACUUUCGGACAUUUAACAUGGCAGCUUACUGCCUUUUUUCCAUGAUUAACGGGGAUGAAGUCUACUCUACCUUCAAAAAGCUCCGGGACAAGACGUAUCUGGUGUGGUUGUUCAGCAGAAUGUACAUCUACAGCUUCAUCGCUCUCUUUACAUACAUGAUUUUGAGCCUCUUCAUUGCCAUUAUCACAGACACGUAUGAAACCAUCAAGCAUUACCAGAAGCGUGGAGCUCCAUUAUCAGAGCUGCAGGCCUUCAUAUCUGAAUGCAGGGACCCACCCAACUCAGGGAAGUACAUGAUGGAUGAAGAAUCCUCCAGCUUUUGUUGUCUCUGUGCUCCUUGUGUGUAUUGCACCUGAAACUAAUGAGAAAACUUGUGCCACGAGUUUGUUUUUUGUCAUGAUAUGACUAUAUACGAGACUAGGAUUGAGAAAUAGGUGCCAAUAGAUCAGACAUAUGUUACAAUAAAAUAAUAAAAAUAAAUAAAAAAAUAAUUAUAAUAAAUCAAAUUAAAAUAUAUUUACAUUUAACAUACACACUUAUAUAUCACUUUUAGCAAAUUUAAAAAUAAAGACAAGUGAUUAAUUUGAUUAAUAAUUUGUUAACAAUACAAAGUUUCAAACAUUGUCCAGAAUAGCACAAACUGGAACAAGAAAGAUAAUAAAAGGCAUAUUGAAGGCAUAAAAUAAGAUUUUAUUUUUAUGUCAAUGGGAUGUACUGUAUUGUGCCCAUGUUAUGCCCUUAAUUAAGUUUACAAGAACAGGUUUUCCUGCUUGAAUGUUGAUUAUUUUCUUCAUAUUCUCCAUUGUUCAGCUCCUCUUCUUACAGUCUGUCAGUAACGCUCUGUUUAGUUCCUGUCUCUAUGAAGCCCCUCCUUCUGAAAAGCACAAUGUGCUCUGAUUGGUCGGUUGGAGCAGUGUGCUGUGAUUGGUCAAAUGUUUCGAGCUUGUUUGGGAAAUGCCCCGCCCCUUACCAUAACCACCAGUUUCAACACACUACUAACUAGCUCAACCAGACUGAAAUGAAUCAACACUGAACUGACUCCGUCAACAACACUAUUGUCUUCUGUAAAGCUGCUUAUAGCUGAAUUGAACUCAUUUCAUAACUGAUGAACUUUACACAGUUAUUGAACUGAGCUGAAUCAGCACUGAACAGACCUCAGCUGAAUAAUGACACUAAUGUCCUCUGUAUAGCUGCUUUACAGCAGAAUUUGUCUUAUAUUUGAUAAAGUUUGCAUCAUUGAUCACUAUUUUACUGUUUAUUAUUGUGAAGCUGCUUUUAAACAAUCUGUUUUGUAUAAAGAACUAUGAAAAAACAGAUGUGUCAGUUGUUUUUGAAUGGAUGCCAUUGGAGAAGAGGCUUCAGUACAUUGAAUGAACUACUUUUGUGAUGAAACAAAUCACUUAAAGGGAACCCCUGGUAUUAAGACUUGUAUGGAUAAAUAUAAUGUAAAUGAUGUCUCUUACUGAAAUAUGCAGUAGAAAACCCAUGAAAGAUUUACGUUAUUUAAAAAAUCAUAUUUGAACAAUGGGCGGCGCCAUUUUGUUUGUGUUCUAUGUCGAUGACGUCAAAUGGUUGCUCUUGGUGAGCUACUGACACUGUCCUAUUGCUAUUUUUACCACAACACAACUCUAAUAUAAUAUAUGAUGCCACAUUGUGCAGCUUUUGGUUGUAAUUUUCAGUCGAUGAGCCAAGAGAAGCGAUCUUUACUGCUUUACUAGCGAUACGAGGAGAAAAGAAUGGGAAGAAUAAAACUUCCUAAAGAUCUCUUCACUUUGGCAAAAUAUGUCAUGGAUUUUUUAAAUAAGGUAAAUCUUUUAAUGGGUUUUCUACUUGUCAUGGCCAGCUCGUUCUUGACUGUAACAUAAAGAGGAUAACACAAAAAAAUUAGUUCUUUGAAUUGCCAUGUUGUUUAUUACAAAAAUUAUCUGUUCCAAACAAAAUAGCACAAUGUCUAGAUGUUUAAAUAAACAAAAGAAAAUAAGAAUCCAAUGGGUAAGAAAGGUUGGAAAGAACAAAAUGAAAACAGGUUGGAGCAAAUGACUUCUCUGGAGAAACACGUUCUACCAGAGGAAGAACUGUUGAGUAAAUCAGCCAGAUAUUUAUACUAUCCACCCAUAAAUUAUCCAAUUUGGCAUUUACACCAUAUCCAGACGCCACACUGCCACCACCAGGUGACAAAGGAAAAGACAGGGUCGUAACAUACUACAUAUUUCAGUAAGAGACAUCAUUUAUGUUACAUUAAGCCAUAUACAUGUUGGGUGUUGACCAGCCCCCAGCUCUACAGAUGUCUGUCAGCAAGAAACAACACUCCUAGUAGAGUGAGCGCUCAUCCCCAGGAGGCAUGGCUCGCCUUGGGACUGGUACACCAAGAUGAUGACAUCCACAAUCCAGUCGGCCAAUCUCUGCUUAGAGACAGCCUUUCCCUUCUGCUGGCCUCCAUAACAGACAGUCUGAGGUCCUGAAGCUCUGCUUUCGAUCCACCUACAGGUACAAUGCACAGACGGGACAGAGCAGAGCAAGGACUGGGUCUCCUUCCUCCAGGUGCGGCACUUGCAGUUUCACCAUCUGGUCCCUGAAAGGAGUGAUUCAUCGACCAAAAAUGCCUGAAGGUGCCCUGCCCUCUUGAUGGAGGCCAGUGCAGUCAGGAGUGCCGUCUUUUACAACAAGAUUUUCAGCUCAGUUGACUGCAGAGGCUAGAAGGUGCUCUCUGUAAUGCCAUUAGCACCAAGGAGAAGUCCCAAGAGGGUGUGACAUGAGGACGAGGAGGAUUUAGCUUUCUCGCACCCGUAAGGAACCUGACAAUCAGGUCGAGAGGUCAAUCGCUGCAAACCAAUCUCGGAGAGACGGAUGGAUUAGAAAAUGUGUUUCUGCAUGAGCAUCUUGAACGGGAGCCUGUGAAGGCUUGACAAAGGCUUUUUGCCGAAACGUUGGUAAAUAAACUAUUUGCAAGUUGAGUGUGCGGUCACAUCUUUUUAUAUACAUCUGAAUUCAUCUCUCCUGACUGGCACCUCAGACGGCGGUGCGUUUGUUUCUUCAUCUAAAAUGCAAACAAUGUGUCAUAAACACAUUAACACACAACAAAAAAACUCUAUGAUAUAAUAAUCAUUUUUUAAUAUUUAAAACACACACACAUAUAUACAUAUAGAAUGCUGCAUUAAACAAUUUUGAAAGGGGAAAAAUUUAAUAAUAAAUUAAUUCCAUAGCAGAUUCCAAGAGAUCAAUGGAUUAGGAUGUUCCAGUUCAGCCCAUUGCACGGGUUCCUCCAGUAGUGCAACGUAAGCAAUGAGUCAACGAGACUGAGGGAAGUUAGCGAGGGAAGGGCAUUUAAAAACUAACUGGAACACAUCAUCAACAGAAACUGAUAUCAGCCCUGACAGGAAACAAACGUAGGACGAAAAGAGUUUUUAAUACUUAUGAAUCCUUAGAGGACAAAACUGUAAGUAAGUUUUAACACAUUCUCAAUUGUAAUUAUUAGGAAGAUAUUGUAUAUGUAAGUGUGAUUUAAAUGUGAAGUUACAGAAGUGUACAGCUCCUCUAAACAGAUGAAGAAUCUUCCAGAAAUUACAAUAUUUUUAAGGCCACGGAUGAUAAAACAUGAAGUUUAUGGAGAAUGUUAUUGAAAACGACUAUGUUUCUGAAGGUUUUCUCUUAUUUUCUCUUCCGUUUUAGGCUGCUGUUUUUGUGAUAUGAUUAAUAGUUAUAGAGUUUGACCAUUAUAAUUCAGCCUACUUUUACUCUGUUAUUUUAGCCUCCUGAGACCCGAGAGUUUGCCUGGUGUGCAUUUUAUAAUUGUUCUUGCUAUUUGGGAUAUGUAGGACCUAAUAAGUGUAAUACCUAAAAUUUGUUUUUGUACAGGAAGUAGUUUUUGCAGAAAAAGAUGUCCUCAUGUGAGGACAGUGGGUCUAUCAUAACUUUUUGAAAUAUUAUUUGUUGUUGAGGCCAGAAGGUCCCAAUUAGUCAAAAUUCAAAAUUUCAGCUUAAUACAAUAAGUAGUUCUCUCAAAAAUUAAUGUCCUCGUACGAGUACAGUGGGUCUAUCUUACUGUAUGACACACAUAGACUCCAUUGGUACAAAAAGUUAAUUUGACACAUUUUCACAGUUUAUUUGAAAAUGUAAACAUCAGAGUGUAAAGCCUACAUAAAAUGUAAACAGCCUGAAACAUGGCUAAUAAAACAGCUAAAGUGCAAACUGUAACAGUAACAAACAGUUGAAUUCAGCAUAGCAGCCUUUGAACUGUGGCUUUUUUUCCUAACUAGCUGCCUCUAUCUUUCCAGCCUGACUGGAAUAGCCCCUAUUGACCGGUGUGAAAUGCUGCAAAGCAGUUUCAUUCACUUUGCAAGCACAGAUGCACAUUGCAUGUCAUGCAUCGCACACGGGAUUUCCCAGUGCAGCCUUGUGCUCUGCAACGCAUGGGGUUUUUCAAGGCCACCAUCUCCAGGAAAUGAGCAGCACUGGAACGGACUGAGAUAUGGGGGAUUGGAGCGACCCGAGAUUUUUUGCCUGGUGGUGGAAGGUGUCCUUUCUCAUUCUCUUGUUCUGUGACAUGAGCACCUUCAUGAAGAACAUCACACUUGCUGAGGAAUACCUGAGCCACUACCAUGCGAAACUCAAGAAACUUCAUGAUAGAUUUCCUUGGGGUGCCAUUUUCCUGGUUAUCUCUGCGAUACAGCAGCCAGCUGUUGGCAAGGGCAAGAUCCAUGAAAUGCAUCAGCAUGUGAAUUGUCCACUUCUUCGUCCGCACAGACAUUCGGUAGUAGCUCAUCAUUCUAUCUGGCAUGUCUACACCUCCCAUCUUUGAGUUGUACUCGCGCACGAUGCUUGGUCUUGUCACGGUCACAUACUUUUUUCCCUUCUUGGACCACCGCUGGCAAGUAUCUUCUGGCUGCUCUGAGUGAACAGUGGAGAGCAUCACAACUGGCUUGUUGUCGUACCACUUGACCACGCAUAGUUUCCCAUCUGGACAGGCCCCUGUAAACGGGAUCAUCUGCUCAUCUAUUGAGACGCAUUCUGGAUGAACCUGAAGGCGGCAGCCAGUAAGAAUACGGUCCAUAAAAGGCCUCACAUUCCAGAAUUUGUUGGUUUCCCUCUUAUCUUCUGAUACAUCAUAGUCAAUAACUACUUUCAGAUGGCUCCUAAGUUUGAAGAAGCGAUCACGUGACAUUGUGUUACUAAUGGCGGGGAUUUGUAGGGCAUUGGACCAAAACAUCCUUAUCUGUGGAUAAGGCAUGCAAGACAUCAAGAUUGCUGCUCCAAAAAAGUGAUAAAUCUCAUCUACCGAAGUUGAGAGAGAUCUCCCACUGUUACCCAGUGACAUGGCAUUUGUGCAGUCAGCAAUGAGUUUCAUCAGGUCUGAGUCAAUGUACUGCUCCACAUAAUCCAGUGGCUGCCAACCUGUUCGCUCAUCUUUCAGUCCAUCAUCUCCAUCCUGAAACUGGACCAAAUUUGGUCUAAAUGGAGCAGACCUCCAGCGUUCUCCACGUCCAGCAUUCCUUGGUUCUGGUCUGGGCUCUCCAUGUCUCUGAUCUUCCUCAUCCAGCUCAUCAUUCUCAAUAUGCUGUUCUUAACGUCCACGUCUGUGCACUUGUGCAUGAUUUGGCUGACUUUCAUUCUCAGAGUCAGUAUCUUCAGCUGCAUCAGGUGGUGUGUACUCUUCACCGGAAUCAUCUCCUGAUGAAUCAGGUGGCGAAAAAUCAGGAUGCUUAUCCAUGAGGUCAACAUCUUGUAAAAUGACUUCGUCCACAGCAGGAUCAUUAUCUUCCCCAUCUGAGAGAUCCUCCACCUCAGAGUUGUUUGCAAUUGCCAUGAGCAAUUGUUCUGCUCUUGACAAUGAAAGUUUCGCUGUAAUAACGUAAAAAAAAUUAGAGAUCCAGCUGGGGUUUGAGUAGGCCUAUCUGCCGAUAUCCGAUAUUUACUAGAAUGAUUUACCAGGAUUCUAGCAUGAUUCACCUUGAUAAACCAUAUUGUAGUAUUAUUUAUUAUGAUUUACUAUGAUUUACUCUGCUCACACACACACAGACAAAUGUUGUUGUUUUUUCAAUGCUAAUGCGUCUAAAUCCAUCUAAAUAUUCCCAUGUUUAGCUAACCACAUGGUAGAAAAAAUAACGUUAUAUAGUCCCAAUGUCCUCAAACGAGUGCUUCACAUUUACUGAUGUCCUAGAGUGCUACUAUUACUAAAAUAUGUCAAAUUUUAAUCCCCAUAUGAUGAUAGAGACAGUAUUGUACAUAAAUACAUUUGUUUCAUUCAUAUAAUUUGAAUAGAUUUUUUACCUGGGUCAUUUUUCUUUUGGGAACUGGGGUAGAAGUUUUUUGCUGAUAUUCCAGCCAUUUUGUUCUCACUGACAGUGGUGUAAUGUUGUGAUAUCACCACAAGGUGGUGUGGGCAGUGUCCCUAAAUGUGGCCAACAGGUCUAAGAUUUACAAAAUUGACUAUCAUUGUGUCAAGAGGCAAAAAUGUAAUGUCCUCAUAUGAGGUCGCAGGGUCUCAGUAGG